AUGGACGAUGGACUUAACCUAGUGCAAGACAGGAAGGAAAAACUCCGCCAAGUCUUGCUCAAAAAGCCCCAGGACAGGACAAGUGAUGAUAUUGACGAUAUCCUCACCAUUGUUGAGGACAAUGAGUUCUUGAAACAAUUCAAGAAUUCCAGCAAACUUCGAGAACUUUGAAGGUACAUGAUGAUCGAGCAUUUCGGAGCUAGACAAACCGUGUUUGAGCAAGACGAGCCAGGAGAUAAGUUUUAUAUCAUCUACUCUGGAAGAGUCUCUUUAUACAUUAAUGAUGCUGCUAUUAACGAAUUAAACAAAGGAAAAAGUUUCGGAGAGCUCGCUCUUAUUUACGGUGAGCCAAGAAGUGCUACAAUUAUUGCUGUUGAGCCUUCUGACCUUAUUGUUUUGGAUAAAUAAGAUCUAUGACAAAGUUAUUAAAGGACUUCAGAUGGAUCAGAUUGAUAACAUCACAGAAUUUUUCGAAUUCUUUCCUUUAUUCCAUGAUCUUGGGCGCAAAGACCUCCUUAAAAUAGCAACGAAGGUUAUUUAUAAAACUCUACCUACAAAUACAAUAAUAAUCAGACAAGGAGAUUAUUCAAAAAGUAUUUAUUUUAUCAAAACUGGCAAAAUAAAACUUCUCAAAAAGAUCGAUUUUAUUACAGAAGGACUCAAGGACACUGAGGAUUACGACCAGGAUCCCACUGAUGAGGACUAUGAAGAGCAUAAGGUUGAGUCCAAACUUCUAGAAAUUGAUGAACUCGGCAUCGGGGACUGCUUUGGAGACACUUCACUUAUCAAAAAGCAACCAAUAGAGUAUUCUGUAGUGACCUAUAUUCCUACAGAGAUCUUUAUUCUUGAUCAAUACGAUUUCAAUUCCCUCGAAGAUGAUAUCAAAAAGGAAUUCAUAGAAUACCAAAAAGAGUAUCCUUGAGAUCAAGAGAUAAGAAAGGCUUAUUUCGAAAUGAAAAAGUGGGAAAAAUUUAAAGAAGACCUUGUAUACGAUGUCAUGGCGGCUAAAAAGUCUUAA